AUGCGAUUCCUCUGCCUCCAUGGACGGGGAACCUCUAGACAGAUUUUUGAGAUGCAGACAGUCAGGCUUCGUGAAGCCCUCAGCAGCCAUGAAUUUGUCUUUAUAGACGGAAUUGUCGAGACGGAACCGAGCGAAGGGGCCGAAGCGGUUGCCGACGAGUUCUUCGCCUGGUUCGACAAGCCCAUCAGCCAAGCCCAAUCGCAGGAACUCCUGCUUAGCCUGGUGGACUUCAUCGCCAACAACGGGCCUUUCCAGGGGAUCAUGGGCUUCUCAGAAGGCGGUAUAGUCGCGGCAAUGCUGCUGGCCGAAGACGCUAGACAGGCCUUUGCGGGCUUCCAAUGCGGGAUCCUUUUAAGCGCAGCGCCGCCACUGGAUCCCGCCGGGAUUCAUCGAGAGCCGGCGACUCUUAGGUGUCUGAACCCUGCUGUCGAUGGGGCGGUGAUCCGCGUCCCCACGGCUCAUAUUGUCGGUGCUUGCGAGCCGUUUGCCCGCUUGCUGCCGGUGUCGCCCCUGGCUGGCCUCUUGGUUAGCGGCGGCAUGGAGGAUCCGGAGAAGCUGCACAAGCUGCUGUUUCAACUGUGCGACGAAGAUGGGCGAGAGCUGUUUAUCCACCCGCUGGGGCACGAGGUGCCUGGAGCGAAGUCGGUCGAGGGAUUAUCGGGGACGAUUCGGGUUAUAGAGAGGACGAUUGAGAGGGCACAGCUGGGAUGA